ACAGCAUCAGUCAGUCGCGUCGGUGUUGUGGUUGUGUGAGGGGUGCGUUCGCCCCGCUCCGCCUCCCGUCUCGCCUCAUCUUGCUCUCGCAGUAGAAAUACUGUCGUUUUACAUAUUCGAGACCAUGAAAAGCUGAAAAAAAAAUAGUGUUCUUAGAGGUGACUCACCUGUCGUUGCAUUUCUGUGUUCAUCUAAAAGUCAAAACUUAAGUGAAUUUUUGCUAUUAAGGAAAUAAAAACAACCCUAAUAGAAUACCUGGCGAAGGAUUUACAGGUGACGGCAGGUGGGAGCCGAGGGGCCGGGACGCAGAUGUGGGAUGAUACAUAGGCAGUGAGGCGCCGAGGGCCGGUGUCUGGCGCGGGUGGCGGACGCCAGAGCUCGCCAGAUGGUGCCCUGCGAGGCUCGAGUGGAGGACGCAGUGAGUAAACUUGUGGUGUAGACCGACGCCCCGACUAAUGCGUGGCCAUGGGUGACUCUGAGGCCGAGGCUGACACAGCACUGCUUAAGUGUUAAGUGAAGUGAUUGAAAGUAUAUAACUGCGAAACUAGUGUGUAGCAGAUAGUCAGUCUGUGAUGUGGGAAGACCUGCGAAUCAGGCAUCCUCAGCUGGGCCUGACAAGUGCGUGGAUCCAAACGGGCAGAGAGAACAAGUGUUGUGCCGGGAGAGGCAUCGAGGAUCCAAUGUGUGUUCUGACAUGUCCGGGUCGAGCGAGGAGAGCCGCGGGUCCUGUGCCUGCAGCUGUGACGGGGACUGUGGCCGAUCCCUCUCCCCAACAUCCUUUGGCCGCGGGGCAGAGUCUACUUCCGGGUGUCGCUCAUCCUCGGAUUACCUACCUUCCGACCCCGUCUCGGGCAGCCUGUCGCCGGGUGGUGACAAGUGUAUCGCUGGGCCACGUGGAAUGAGGCGGCCCAAUUGGGGUGGACCGCCGCCUCCGCUGCCAGAGAAACGAAAACCUCCUCUGGCCAUCACGAGCCACCUGAUGAGGGCCGAGGGGAAAGAAGCGCCCCCUGGCGGUGUCCGUCCACGAAUAACGACGCCUCCCGUCUGUCCGUCUUCGUCAGAAAGGAGCUGGUGGGAACACCAACAACUGUCCCCCGUGAGCUGCGCGUCUGGUUUCUGGGAGCCCCAGCGACAAAAGCCCCGAGGCAGCGAAGAACACAGGAGCUCAUCGUCGGGGUCAGACGAGUCGGAGGAGACACAGCGGAUGAAGGCCCUGUUCAUGGCCUGCGACUCUGACGGCGACGGCUUCAUCACCAGCGAUAACCUGGCGGGGAUGAUGGAGAUGCUGGGCCUGCAGUGCUCCGGCGACACGCUGGCCAGGGAACUCGGGGCGGACCGCAAGGGGCGCGUCUCCCUGAGGAACUUCCUGGCCCGUCGGAAACAGUUGUCGCAGGAGGUGAACGCCAUCCGGAGCGAAGGUGGAGGAAGCUGGACUCAGGAGUGGUCAGGUGGAUCGGACGGGACUGACCCUGAUCCGCAGUUCCCCGGCCCCUACCCCCCGGAGCUGCCCCCUAAGCUGGGAGGUCAGGGCAGGGGGCAGAGGGGGCAGCAGGUCACCAAGUCCAGCGGCCGCCAACUCACCAGCAGACAGGUUCUCGAGGCCACAAAUCAGCUACACCUGGCGGCGCUGGGGUCGCUGAAGGGGGAGAUCCUGGAGCUGUCGACGAGGCUGAAGGUGCUGACCCAGGAACGAGACUUGCUGAAGAACACCCUCACCGUGACUCAGCUGGAGAAGGUGAGGGUGGAGCGAGAGAGCGAAGAUCGUCUGGACUCCCAGGCGCAGCACUACGAGGAGCGCCUCACCGAGCUGCACUCCGUCAUCGCUGAACUCUCACGGAAGAUCGACCAGCAACGCAUCAACGUCAUCGCCGAGGAAGAGGCCGAGGUCGUGGCAGAAGAGUAUUCCCAGUCAGAGCUGUCCCACGACCAGCACGAUGCUACCGAUUCGACGAGCGAGGCUGUGGAGUCGGAGGAACAGAUGGAGGAGCCGCGAGACCACACGGCCACCGACGCGUCCACGUCCUGCGACAUUGACGACAGGGCUGUGGAGGCAGGAGAGGGCAUCGCGGAUCUGGAUGUUAGCGAGUGUCCUCGAGGCAGUGGAGACACCAGCAGCUGCAGAGGGUCCGGAGAUGACCACAGCCGUUCCCUCAGUGCCCUGGAGGAGGAAGUCAAAGCUCUGAGGGAGGAAAACAACAGCCUGCAGCACGCCCUGGCCCUGGCCCAGCACGCAGCCUCCACGCACCGCAACACUCUGGGAGCUGUCACGCAGGAGAGAGAUGCUCUCUGCAAAAAGCUGCGAGAGUACCAGAGGAUGCAGCCGGCGCUGCCCCCUCAAGCAAUGCAGGUCGCUGAUGCAGUGACGGUGCGGGGACUGCGAGGCGCCCCUCUGCAGGCCUUCACCAACGUGUCCGGCGGCUCGGGUCUGAGUGGCUCUGGGCCUGGCACGGCGUCUCCCUCCCCAUCUCCACAGCCUCCGGAGAGCCACACUCCCACCCAGGACGAGACGCCCAUAAUAUGCAGGCUGGCUGAACGUGUCAGGUUAAAAAGAGCUGAGAGUGGUGACCAGAGGAUCACCGGGUCGGAGCUCAGCAGCGUUGGGGUGUGGACCACCGCCGUGGCCGAGCAGCUGGUGGCGGGGGUGCAGGAGGAGAGCGACGCCCAGGAACUGUACCACGCUCUGGCUACUGCCGGCGGGGCCCUGGCUCCUCACGAGAGACUAAAAGAAUUUGAAGUGGAAAUAGAGAGACUUCAUGCAAGAAUAGACCAUUUAAAGGCUCAAAAUGAUGUCUUAGCAGUAACCCUCAACGAAUCGAAAUCACACUGUGAUCAUUUGAGUAUCUUGAUGGGAAAGUUUGAAUCAAACUCAGUAGCGCUGCAGCUUGCAGUGACAAACUUAGACCAGACGAUAGAAUCUUACGAGGUGUAUGUGGCCCUUCUUGAGAGUGAGAUUGGCCUGCUGUUAGCCAGUUGCAAGGCUGCGGGCGUAGGCGUGAAGGGCGUGGGCAGCGGCGGAGCGAACACCGGCUGGAGCAUCAGCGAGCAGGAGGACCUCGUAUCCCUUGUGAAGAGGGCCCAGGAGCAGCGGAGGUCAACAGAAAAUGUUGCUCGACACCUGCUGUCCCGCUUAGAAAGGUAUGGGGCCCAACCAACGGACACUGAGAAUUGGAAUGAGACUGGCACAAGCAAUAACACAAGCACCACGUCCUCCACGUCCAGCGGCGUGGACUCUGACGUGAGCCGAGGCGAGGAGCAGCGGCUGCGGGACACCAUCAACAGACUCAAGGAGGAGCGAGGCCACGUGUCAGCUUCCCUCCUUCCCCUGGAAUCCCUCCACAUUGAUCCUCUUACCAAGCAUUAUCCACUCAGUCUUCAAGAUGCUCACAAGCUUGACCUUGAGAAUGCAGUGUUGAUGCAAGAGCUCACUGCAAUGAGGGAAGACCGCGCUGAGCUGAGAGCACAGGUUUACCUCAUGGAGAGGGAGAAGGCUGGACUGGAGCUGAGGGUGGGCACCUGUGAGGCUCAGGCAGCGGCAUACUGUGCCACCAUAGACCACCUCAAGUCAGAGCUUGCACAACUUAGACCCAGUGGUACUCAGGAGAAGGAGGAUGGUGAUAGUGGUGUGGACUCCUCCUCCCCGGAGAUAAUGGAGGCCCUGCGGCGGGAGAGGCAGCUCAAGAGUCGCGUGCAAGACCUGGUCACCACGCUGGAGAAGGUCACCAAGAACUCAGAGGCCAGGCACAUGCAGUCACAGGAGUUCAUUAAUGACCUUAAGAAAGCUAAUGGGGCACUUCUCACUGCUGUGGACCGACUGAAGAAGAAGUAUGCCCUCAAGGUGAAGAGGAUGGAGCAGCAGAUGAUGGGCAUGGUGGACAGACAUGCUCACCAGGUUCGUGUCUUGAAGCAGAAGAUUGCCGUGUACGAGGGAGACACCUGCCCGAGGCAAACACAGAUGAUCUCCACCGCUAGCGAGACAUCCCUUUAAGGACACUGAAGUGAUAAUUAUGCAUUUAUUUAAGGCCUUUUACUCUCAUACUAUCUUAUAUUAAUAUUAUCCAUCCAGUAGGUCACUCUGCAGCUUUAUAUCAUAAAUCAUUAAUAUUUGGUCAUAAUGUUGACCAGCCAUAUUGUGUACAAACUGAAGUACAUCUGUAUGAAAUGAAACAUGUAAAGUGAUGUAAAAACCAGGAUCUACACACACAUUAUUCUGUGCCACAUGCUUCAACACAGUGUCAGGAAACACAAUUUAACACUUUUGGGUAUUUCAUUGUGAAUACUAUAUUAAACCAAAAUAUUUGUCGACAGAUUGCAUACACAAAUUCCAAUGUAAUGAGAAGGACUGACAUUCAUAUUUGGUCAUAUAAUCAACCAUGAUGAAUUGAUGAUGGUAAAUGGGUAUGGGAAAGCCUCGCCCACCCACUGUGUGACGACAUCUGAGAUGAUACAGCAUGUUCCUCAGGAAAAGUACAUCAGGGAAAAUCUUGAAGUAUAUUAUUGAACUAUUAUAUAAAUGACUGUGUUGCUGAAAGAAUGGACAAUGUAUCUACACAAUGCUUAGAGAAUGACUAGAAGUGGUUAAAAAAUGUAUGCAGAAGUAAUAGGUGAGAAGAUUUUGGGUCUUAUUUCAGUAAAAUAAUGCAUUUAAUGCAUUAUCACUAUUAUGCAAUACUGUUUAGUUUAGAUGGAAAUGAGUUUGGUACAUGAGUGUGUUGGUGGCUGGUGCCUGAGAAGCAUAGACAAUAUUGUGUUUAAAGAGCAAAGUAUCCUGUGAAUAUCAUAAUAUAAUACUGAAAAUUGUUGCAAUGCAAGAGAUGUUCAUAUAAGCAAAUAGCUAGUUAAAAGUUUUAAGGAAUAUGAUAAGUUUCCAAAAGUGUGAAUCUUCAUGCAGACUUGACAGUUUUCAUGAAUUGUUCAUGAGUGCCAAACUAGUCCAAAAGCACUGAAGUAUAUAUAUAUGUAUAAAGUACAAAGGUUUUGCAGGCCAUAGUAGCUACCAGAUCUGAUUUUGUACCUAUAGUUACAUAGCCUAAAGAUUAUCGUCCUGGGUGUUCUUAACAUUUAGGGUCUCAUGCAUUUUAUUUUUUGUCCUAAAUAUGCAUGGUGACAUUUUUUAUCAAGGGUAUUCAUUUGUAUAUUUCUUUACUCUUAGAUUUCCAGUGAAUUUAGAGUCACAUUUUGUUGUCGAGUCUUCAUCCUGUCUUAGUUCAUUGUGCAAAAUAAUUAUUAUGUGACAGUUUAGGAAGAAAAGGAUGAAGGUUGAUUUUGGUAAUUUUUGUUGAAUUACAGUUUCCUUCAGAAUGCAUUGUUCUGGUUUCAUUGCAAUAUUCAGUUUGAGUUUAAGCAACAGUGGCUGUUUAGGUUCCUUGACAUGUACAUAUAGUAUGCAACAUAAAUUUUUGCAAAUCAAAAUGCCUUUGUUCAGAUGUGUUGAAAUAGUAUUAAGACAAAUUAUGGUCAAAGUGUAUAAUUUAAAAAAGUUAAUGAAAUACAAACACAUAAAUGUAUAAAGUAGUGUUCUAUAUUUGUUUCUAUUACAAAAAAAUAUGCAGACUUCCAGUUUCUUCCCAAGAGCCCAGAAUGUCGUAAACUCAUCAUGGUUGAAAUAAUAGUCAACUUCACAAAGAAAUCAUGCAAUAUGUAAUUUACAUAUUCAGAUAUGGAGUAAGGAAUUGACUUGUAAAGAACCACAUACUGAGAUUUAUAGCAAUAUAUUUUCAUCUGUGGUAACAAUGAGACUGUGUAAAUAUAUGUGUUGUUUAUUUACUUGAAGUAUGUGAGCAGUAUGUGGUAAAUGCUUAGCUAUGUAAAAUACUGAGAACUUUCUAAUAAAAAUAACUUAAUUUCCAAACAUAAAAGUUUGCCUGUUGAGGAGACAUGCUGCAUAUUAAAUAUUAUAUUUGUAGCAACUGCUAUCUUCAUAUUGCAUCAUCAUCCUUGACUUUUAGUCAUUCUCCAAAAAUCAGUGAUCUUAUUUUAUACUUUUCCAUUUAUUACUUCAGUAAUGAAAAACUUGUCGCAUAUUGCUAUUUACAUUGUUAAAAACUGAAAUAGUGUAUAUAUUUAAGAUUUUACAAUCUAUUCAGAGCCAGUCAUCUGCUUUAUAGAAAUACACACAUUGUACUGCUUCAGCAACUUAUCAAAGGCCACUGCAACCUUGGUGAUGUUAGGGUCAGCCUGCCUCUGGGCAUCCUCACUGCAACAACUGCAUUGAUGAUGGCUGCUAAUGCAGUGACAAGUACUUGCUGGUGUGGGUAUAUACACUAAGCAAUCUUCCACACAAAGGUUAUCUUAUGAUCAUAUGUAUUUUUUUUUUAAUGUGACAAAGGAUAAUACCAUAGCUACUUCUAACAAUUACCGCUGCAGGAACUGUUACUCUAACUGCUGCACCUGCUUCCACUUAGUGGUAGUUUGGGUUGAGGUAUAGCAGAGGUAAUCAGAGGUUUCAUUUGGGAUGGGAACUGAUAAAUCGCUGGUAAACCUCACUGCAUCUGUGAUAUCACCUGUGGAAAAACAGAACUUGCAACACUUACACUAACCAGCCAGACAGGAGCCUCUCUGCUGUGACCCUAACCUUAAUGUUCUUUGUCAUGAAGUGAUACAGUAUAACUGUGUAUGUUAUUAUAUAUAUACCUUACUAUGCAUAUAUACAUGCACUUCCUGUUCAACAAUGUUCAUGUCAAACUUGUAUAAUGCCCUGCUUCAGCCUUAAAUGUGUCCACAACCAGGGGUAACCACAACAUUAACAAGCCAUUGUGAAACCUGUAGUGAAAUGUGUUAAGGUUCUUACAGUUGACUAAUUUGUCACCCAGAAAGUCAUGAUAAUUGUUAAGAUCUGUACUAAUUCAUUUGUAGAAACAAAAGAUUGUCAACUACUCUUUUUGCAAAGUAGUUGCAUGAAGUGUCAUUAUUUUCUUUCUGGCCUACUCACAAGCAAAUAAAAUCAGACCUGCCCACUGAUGCCAGUCUGUUGUGGCAGAGCUGAAGGUAUGUGGCUGAUAUUAGUGAUACGCUUCUUAUAAGUUAUUGUUAGACAGUGAAUAGCAUUGAACAAGACCCAGGCUGUGGCCAACAUGUACAUAGCUUCUGGGUGUUGAACAGAUAUAAGCGGGUGUUGAAGAGAUAUAAGCCCACUGGGAAAAUAAUGUGAAUAAUCAUUGUCUAAACAGCUAGGGUGAGACCUUGAGGGUGUCUGUGUAGGACAUGGGUGAUGAACUGGUGAGAUGCAAGCCUCCUAGGGGAAAAAAAAGAUAAAUUUUCUGAGCAGCUAUUUGCUGAUCAGCUUUUUCAGUUAGGGUUGGUAUUUUUAGAAUACCACCAGGAUUUUUAUGUAUUUAGCUGCCUAUGGUUACCUGCCUGCCCUUCUGUGUGGUAGACAGGUUCAUGAUGUUAUUGGUGAGGAUAGUGAUGAUAGGGGCACAGGCUAGUGAUUACAACUGUGUGUACAUCCAUAUGCACCAAAUUCUAUGUUGUAUGUUCACCGGUUUUUCAAAGGAAAUAGGAAGAUGGCAAUAAACUGAAGUCUAAUUUUGCAUCAAGUGGUGUACUGAAGGAAAUAUUGGGCUAUUGAACAAAAAUAGAAAGCUGACAAAGGUGGAUUCAGCAAAAAGGUGGGGGAUGGAUGUCCUGAGUAACUUAUGUACUCAGUUGGCCUGAAAGAGAAUUAAUAUGAGGUCAGUGAUGCCUCGUGGUGUUGAGGGCCAGUUGUCAGCCAGUAGGUGUCUUGUCUGGCCCGCAGAGGUCUGGCCGGUUAACAUUCAGGUGAUACAGAAGGCAUCUUUCUGUAUGCAAUUUCGACUUAGUUUGUACAUGAAUUACAGUCUAUGGAAUUACUAUGUAUGGGAAAAUAGACUAAAUUUGUAUUAAAUAUUGUAUAAAAUAAAAAAAAUAAUAAAAGGGUAUUGUGGAAAA